AUCCCAACCCACAGCCCUCCCGCCAUGUCGGUGCCCCCCCGGGCCAUGGUGGCCGUGGCUCAGGUGACAUCGACCCCCGACAAGGAGCACAACUGGCUGCAGUGCUCAGCGCUGGUGCGGCAGGCGGCGGGAAGGGGGGCCCGGCUCGUGUUCCUGCCCGAGGGCUUCGACUUCAUCGGUACCGGCCCCGAGCAGAGCCUGCGCCUGGCGGAGCCCCUGCACGGCCCCACCCUGGGCAGGUACCAGCACCUGGCCAGGGAAUGUGAUGUGUGGCUCUCCCUUGGGGGCUUCCACGAGCGUGGCCACGACUGGGACACGACCGGCCGGAUCUACAACUGCCACAUCCUGCUGGACAACUCCGGUGCUGUGGUGGCCACGUACAGGAAGACCCACCUGUUUGACGUGGAGCUCCCCGGCAGCGUCUCCCUGCGGGAAAGCAGCUUCACCAACCCCGGCCCUGCCAUUGUGCCCCCUGUGGAUACCCCCGUGGGGAAGCUGGGCCUGGCCGUGUGUUACGACCUGCGGUUCCCAGAGCUGGCGCUGGCCCUGCGUGAGGCUGGGGCCCAAAUCCUGGCCUACCCCUCGGCCUUCACCGUGCCCACCGGGGCUGCCCACUGGGAGGUCCUGCUCCGUGCCCGGGCCAUCGAGUGCCAGUCGUACGUGGUGGCUGCGGCGCAGACCGGGCGGCACCAUGAGGGCCGGGUAUCCUUUGGCCACGCGCUGGUGGCCGACCCAUGGGGCACCGUGGUGGCCCAGUGCCAUGAGGGGCCCGGGCUCUGCUUCGCCGACAUCGACCUGGAAUUCCUGGAGCGCGUCCGCAGGGACAUCCCGGUGCAGGGGCACCGCCGCAGGGACCUGUACGGCUGCCCGGGGGCACCGGCAUCCUAAAGGCUGGACCUGAACCAAAUCAACCCCAAAUCUGCCCCAAAUCAACCACCGGGACCUGUACGGCCGCCUGGGGACUCCACAACCCUAAAAUCUGCAUUGGAGCCAAAUCAGCCCCAAAUGUGCCCCAAGUCAGCUCCAGAUCUCCUCUAAAUCAGCCCCAAAUCUGCCCCAAAUCAGUCCAUUUCUCCCCGAAACACAGCUCCACAACACGCUCAGUGCCACAGCACUGGGGUGUUCCCCCUCUUUUUGGGGUCUCCCCUUUCCUGGGGGUCACCCCCUUUUCGGAGUCACUUUUAUGGCACCCCAGGGGUGACACCAACACCCUGAAAUCCUUAUUUUACCCCAAUCUGCCCUAAAUCAGCCCUUUCCCCCCCAAAAUGAGGCAGCACAAGGCU